GAAACUAGACGUGGCGAAAUUGGAAAAUAUGGUGCCAGGCCCUACAUACGACGGCGUUCUGUUCAUGUCCUCGAACCUACAUAUUUAAAGUUUGCUUCCCCUGUUUUACGGCGUUUUCAAGUUCAAUACCGUUCUCAAAGCACAGCGAAUUAGGCUGAUCCAAAUUCGAUUGUAUGUAAAUGCAGUCUCUGAAAGAGGCUCUCAUCUCCCUCGUUCAAUCCAUAAAAUCUGGUUUAACACUGGGCAUUUUCACCUCCAACCAACUCAUCCACCGUUACUCCAGACAUGGCCUCAUUCAAGACGCCCAGAAGCUGUUCGACGAAAUACCCCACCGGAACGUCUACUCUUGGAACGCCAUAAUCUCCACCCACAUCAGAUCACGCAACUUGCAACAAGCCCGGCAGCUAUUCGACACCGCUUCUUUCAAAGAUUUGGUCACUUACAACUCUAUGCUCUCUGGCUACACAAGCACAGAAGGUUACGAGGCUUGUGCGCUUGGGUUGUUUGCCGAAAUGCAGUCGCGGGAUGAUCGGAUUAGAGUUGAUGAGGUUACUCUAACUACCAUGCUUAACUUGAGUGCCAAGUUAGAGGUGGUUUGUUAUGGAAAGCAGUUGCAUUCGUGUAUGGUGAGAACUGCCAAUGAUCUGAGUGGGUUUGCGGUGAGCUCUUUAAUUGAUAUGUACUCUAAGUGCGGGUGUUUUCGUUAUGCUUGGCGCGUGUUUAGUGGAUAUAGAGGGAUGGUUGACUCGGUUUCGAAGAAUGCAAUGGUGGCAGCUUGUUGUAGAGAAGGAAAAUUGGAUAUGGCGGUUGAUCUUUUUUGGAGAGAACCGGAGAUUAACGAUACUGUGUCUUGGAACACAAUGAUUUCAGGGUAUGUGCAGAAUGGUUUUGUAGAGGAGGCAUUGAAUUUGUUUGUUCACAUGGCGGAAGAUGGAUUUCGAUGGAAUGAGCAUACUUUUGCUAGUGUUUUGAGUGCUUGCUCUGGUUUGAGGAACUUCAAACUAGGAAAGGAAGUCCAUGGUUUUGUGUUGAAGAAUGGGAUGAGUUCUAAUCCGUUUAUAAGUAGUGGGAUUGUUGAUGUCUAUUGUAAGUGUGGAAAUAUGAGUUAUGCAAAGUCAGUUCAUGCAGCAAUGGGAAUUAGAAAUUCGUUUUCAAUCACUUCAUUGAUCUCGGGUCAUACCUCUCAAGGUAACCUAGUAGAAGCAAGGUUACUUUUUGAUUCAUUGGCUGAAAGGAGUAUGGUUGUAUGGACAGCUUUGUUUUCUGGAUAUCUCAAAUCACAACAAUUUGAAGCUGUAUUUAAGCUUUUGAGCGAGUUCAGGGAAAAGGAAGUAAUUGUUCCUGAUGCUUUGAUUCUCAUUAGUGUGCUUGGUGCCUGUGCAAUUCAAGCUGCCCUGGACCCUGGGAAGCAGAUUCAUGCUUACAUCUUCAGGAAUAACAUUGAAGGAGACAAGAAAUUGUUCAGUGCUUUGAUUGAUAUGUACUCAAAAUCUGGGAAUAUUACUUAUGCGGAAAAGAUUUUUAAAAGUGUUUUUGACAGAGAUAUAAUCAUUUACAAUGUGAUAUUAGCUGGUUAUGCUCACCAUGGUUGUGAAACUAAAGCUAUCCAAAUCUUCAAAGAACUGUUGAAGAGAGGUAUUACCCCUGAUGCAGUCACAUUUUUAGCACUUCUUUCAGCUUGUCGUCACUCUUGUUUGGUGGAAUUGGGUGAGCAAUUUUUCUGGUCCAUGACAAAAGAUUAUAACAUAUUGCCUGAACUGGAUCACUAUGCAUGUAUGAUUGACUUGUAUGGCAGGGCUGAUCAACUUGAGAAGGCAAAAGCAUUGAUAAGAAAUAUCCGUAUAGAAUUGGAUACCAGUGUAUGGGGGGCAUUCCUGAAUGCUUGUCGGGUAAAUGGAAAUACAAUACUUGCUAGAGAGGCAGAGGAGAGACUUCUAGAACUUGGAGGAGGUACCGGUGAUCGGUAUGUGCAGUUGGCUAAUUUCUAUGCCGCUGAGGGAAACUGGAAGGAGGUUGGGAGAUUGAGGAAGAAGAUGAAAGGGAAAGAGGUCAAGAAGACUGCUGGUUGCAGUUGGUUAUACGUGGAUAAUGGAGUUCAUAUAUUUAUUUCUGGUGAUAAAAGUCACCCAAAAACAGAUAAUAUAUAUUUUACCUUAGCAUCCUUGACUGAAGAGCUAUAUCAGAUAUCUGGGGAAUCUAUUGAGGUCAUAUUUUGAAUGUUAGCAUCUCAAGAUGCUUCAGGAGAGCCCAAUCGGAUACAGUACUGUUAUUUUCCAUGCUAGCACUCCCACUCUCCACAACAAAUUGGUGUGGCAGAAUGCAAAAACCAUCACCUUUUGGAAGUGACUCGCGCUUUUAUUUAUUUAUUAGCAUGUACCCAUACAUCUCUGGGGCACAUAGAAAGUUUAAUAUCAUAUAUCCUCAAGUUCUAUAAGAAAGCUAUAGUAACAAAAAAGAUCCAAAGGUUCUUAUCCCUCAGUUGGCACAUUGCCAAUGUUCUUACUGUUCCUUCAAGGGUGGAAGUGUCCAGAGGGUGACAAAAGAGAAAAUGUUUGGUUAGAUACUUAGAUCUAAUCUAUUGAAUGACCCUUCUUCAUGAGAACAUAGUUGGGGAUGGAAGCGGUGGCAACAAGCAUCCCAUUUGAACACUAUAAGAAGACAAUCUAUCUUCUUUCUGUACGGCUGAUAUGGAAAGAGCAGGUUUCGCAUCUGGAUUUGGAUGUUAGCUAUCUGUUGUGGAUUGUAAUACACAGCAGAGUUUGGAAUAUGGUGGUGAAUAGAAUUCAGAGCGUGAAGGGGACGGUGGUUAUUGAUGUAUUCUUUGUUAUCAACCCAUUAACUAUGAAGCUUGGCCAAGAACCCUGGCAGACCACUUCCUGCCGGUCAUCUUAAUACGCCAUCCAUACAAGCAUCCAACCAAGCUUCUGUAAGUGGUACUCUAGCAAAUUGGACUCCUUACUAUUGUUUCUUUAAGUCUCAAAUCAAGCAAUUUGAAUCUGCUGGAUGUAUCCUAUGCUGCUAAGGAAAUUCAGACGUGGUUGGGAGAGUAAGGAAGGAGGUCAGUGUAUCAGAUGUGCAGGGAAUCUAUAUUUUGAAGUCAUUAUUUCAAUUCAGCACUUCAACCCAACUAUUUUAGGAUGUUUCAGAAUAUAGAAGCACCUCAAACGCUGAGCACCCUACUUACUUUUAUCAGUAAUGAGUUCUACACUACUUCAAAGAGUUCAAUUGUUAUGAAUUAUAGUUUGACAGCAAGACUUACUGUUUAUCUUUAUAUGAUAUCAAUACUAUGUCCAAUGUUAUAUGUGAAUAUUUCUUUUGAAAUAAGUGAGAAACAUAUAAUCUUCUCCAAAAACUAUUCAGAUGAUAUAUUGGAAGUCUCUAUUUGACAAAGAUCGAUUUCGUAGUUGCCUCUUCUUUUCCAUGUUGAAGAUUAUAAGAUGACCAACCAUCUUAAAUUCCAAAGACUUGAAAGUUGAACAAUCAAUAGGCCAUACUCAGGACUUGAAGGGCAGUGAUCCCUACCAUUUGGUCUAACUUUGGUUGUGAGGGCUAUGGUCAUGGUAUUGAUCACUGUCCUUCAUAAAGAAAAGGCCAUACUCAGGUUGUUGAUGCCCCAAUGCGAUCGUUCAAGUAUUCAGCUACAAAAGAAUGAGGAUGUGGAAGCUGGUGUUCAAUCAAGGAAUUGUUGGCAGGCGGCUACCUUACACUAGUAAUGAGGUCCAACAAUGUUCGUUCUAGAAGUGGUAAAGCAAGUUUUUUAACUCUGUUCCUCAACGUGUACCUGGAAUCUAAUGGGAAAGCUGUUAUUAAUCAACAAAUUGUGAAUGGUGGACUGCUCGUUUUAAAUCUUUUGAUACAGCUGACUUUUGAAAAUUGUUAGAAGCAGCAUAGUAGCUACCAGUCUACCAAGUGUAAAAGCUAAAUUCAGUAGUUUCAAUGCAAAUUCUUAUGGCAUUGAGAAAAUAGUAUAAUCCAGCAGGGCUAUUUAGGUGGAUUCCAUUUCUAUGUACAACACUUGGAUAUACUUUCUACUAAUGAGAGGAAUGAUCU